AUAAAUUGAACCAAUUCAAUCUCACUCCAAGUAUCUUUAUUCUUGAGGAACAUGAAAAAAAUGGCAUCCUCAAUACACGUAGUAAAACAUAACUUGUUACUACAAAUGUUUUAUUCUUUGAUGUUUAUUAUUACAAUAAACUUCAAAUCUACAAGAGCUGAUAAACUUGCACCAGCAUUGUUUGUGUUUGGGGAUUCACUUGUUGAUGUUGGCAAUAACAAUCAUCUCCCUUUCACCAUUGCUAGGGCUAACUUUCCUCAUAACGGCAUUGAUUUCCCCGGCCACAAGCCUACCGGAAGGUUCAGCAAUGGCAAGAACGCGGCCGAUUUUCUAGCUGAGAAAUUGGGACUUGAGUAUCCGCUACCUUAUCUUUCCAUGAGACAAAACAAAAAUAACAACUUUUCAAGUGGAGUUAGCUUUGCAUCUGGAGGUGCUGGAAUCUUCAAUGGCACUGAUCAACUUUACCGUCAAUCCAUACCACUGGACAAGCAAGUAGAGUACUUCGGUACAGUGCAAGAAAAAAUAGUGCAACAGUUGGGACUACAACAAGCACAAAAAACAUUAUCAAAAUCAGUGUUCACGAUUGUGAUCGGAAGCAAUGACAUCUUUGGCUAUUAUGGAUCAUCCACUUCUAGCCAAAUGAAGAAAGGCACCCCACUGCAAUAUGCAGCUUCUAUGUUACUUGCUUUUAAAGGGCAAUUCAAGCGGUUGUACGAUUAUGGAGGCAGGAAAUUCGUGAUAUUUGGAGUGGCAGCAGUAGGGUGUUGCCCAGCACAGAGAGACAGGAACAAAACUGAAGUUUGCAAUGAAGCAGCCAAUUUCGGAGCUUCCAUUUAUAACAAAGGACUCUUAUCAGCUCUUCAAUAUUACCAGAAACAACUUAAAGACUUUCAAUAUACCUACUUUGACACUUACACCGUCUUCCUUAACCUCAUCGAACAACCAGCUACCUAUGGAUUCAAGGAAUCGAAAGCAGCAUGUUGUGGUGGACUGGGAAAUCUACAUGCUAAGUUAGCAUGUUUACCCUUUUCUACUUAUUGUUCAAACAGAAGUGAUCAUGUUUUCUGGGAUCUUUACCAUCCAACCGAAGCAGCUGAUCGUAUCAUCGUCGAUACCGCUUUCUCUGGUCCCCGGAAAUAUGCCUUCCCUGUCAAUGUUCAGCAGCUAGUUUCAAUAUGAACACUAACCUUACCUUUGCUAGGUUAAGUUGCAAUGAAAUGUAGUAAACUCCAUUACUCCUAUAGCAUACACAAAUUUUCUUAUAUUUAGAUCCAACUAAAUGAAGAGGGUUUUUAUAUAUAAUUCAUUUCACCAUCUUA